UUUAGCGCGUGCCAGGAGAACGAAAGAAGGGAGAGAGGGAGAGAGAGAGAGAGAGAGGGAGGAAAAGAUACCUAGUGGAGAUGCAAGUCGCUGCUGAAGAUUCGCAACACCAAGCAAGUCCUCAACCGCACCUCCCCCUCCCAUAUUGCGCUCGCACAGAAAACAUGUUUGUGUAAUGCCGGAGAUGUACAGUGAUGUGAAUAUCCCUCACACACUGCUUUAAACAGAGAAGAAUAACGCAAACAAAGAAGUCCUCGCUUGCUUACAGGAGUCGGACGCGCGGCGUUGCAAACACACACAAGGGAUCCGGGAUUUGGGGGAAUUUCUUCAGACAGCGCUCAUGGAUUUCCCAAAUGAAUCCAGCGGGUUUGUUGACCCCAGACACUUCCGUCUGUACAACGAGUCCCUGUUCCAGAACAACUUUAGCGCGUAUAACGAGACUGACAGCUUCUUCCCUAGGGGCGUCAAGAUCACCAUUGCCGUGGUCUAUAUGAUCGUCUGCGUGGUGGGGCUCGUGGGAAACUGUUUGGUCAUGUACGUCAUCAUCAGGUAUACGAAGAUGAAGACAGCCACCAACAUCUAUAUCUUUAACCUGGCGCUGGCCGAUGCUCUGGUAUUGGCUACGCUUCCGUUCCAGGGCACCGACGUGUUCCUCGGUUUCUGGCCCUUCGGCAAUGCCCUGUGCAAGGUUGUCAUCUCCAUCGAUUACUAUAACAUGUUCACCAGUGUUUUCACCCUGACCGUGAUGAGUAUGGAUCGAUAUGUAGCGGUGUGCCACCCGGUCAAAGCCCUGGACAUGAGGACUCCCCACAAGGCAAAGGUGGUCAAUAUCUGCGUGUGGGUCUUGGCCUCGGCCAUAGGGGUCCCGGCUAUGGUGCUCGGAGAUGUGGAGGAAGACCAUGGCAUCGAGUGCAUCUUAGUUCUGCCCGACCCUCGCAGCUACUGGGACCCUGUGUUCGGCACAUGCAUUUUCCUUCUCUCCUUCCUGAUUCCUGUGGCGAUCAUCAGCGUGUGCUACAGCCUGAUGGUCAAACGUCUCCGGAGCGUCCGCAUCUUGUCCGGCUCCAAAGAGAAAGAUCGCAACCUUCGGCGCAUCACGCGCAUGGUGCUGGUGGUGGUCGCCGCCUUCGUCGUGUGUUGGACGCCCAUCCAGAUUAUGGCCCUGGCGCAGUCGUUGGGCUUCAAUUUAGGCAGCGUCCAGACGGUCGUGUUUAUGCAUUUCUGCAUCGCUCUGGGCUACGUCAACAGCAGCCUGAACCCCGUCCUCUACGCCUUCCUGGACGAAAACUUCAAACGCUGCUUCCGGGAAUUCUGCCACCCAUCGCCGUUCGGCCUCGACGCUCAGCAGUCAGGCCGUAUGCGCAACAUCGCACGCGAGGUUGCUUACAACUGCAAGACUGCGGAUGGGAACAGUAACCCCGCAUGACUAGGCGUGGAGCUGCCCCUGGUCAGCCCAGAGCCAAGACCCAAUCCAGGGACAGGAAACUCAAACUCUGAGCUCACUCAGAUUACAACUCUCUAGCACCAUCGUCACCUCCGCCAGGUGGGCGGGGGAAAGGGUCGGGCUAGGAGUGAGGGCGGGGUCAAGUUAAAUGACACGCCCUUUUAGGGACAAAGGGGCUCAAUUUACAGUGUCUUAAUUGGAUUUGGAUGUCCUCGUCUAGAUUAAUCAUUUCGUUCUUAAUCGAGAAUACUUACACGUCGUUGUUUAAUGUCGCAGAUGCUUUUUUGUGUCAUUCUUUACAACAAUCAACAUUUCUAUUUGAAGACUGUAGGAUUACAUGGCCUUAUACAAUCAGAACCUGUGGGUAUCUGCCCUUUUUGUGGUAUCGCCAAGUGCUGGACUGUACUAAGUACAACAUAUAUGGAUACUAUAUAUUAUAUAUAACCAUAUACAGUUAUGAGACAAACGCUACAGAGACUUAUAAAGCCUGAUUGUUAUUUUCAAAAAGUUGCUAUUUUUCUUGGACUGUACAUACAGCGAAAAUAUUUCAUAUUAUGUAUAUUGAGUAGCACAGAUUUAAUUUAGAAAAUAUUUGUAAAGAAACGUAUUGCUGUAUUGUUCUGUAAUAUAAAUGUGCAUACGAUGAAGUCAGUCGCGUUUAUGGCUUAGCAUUGUUGAAGAUGUCAGUCAGCGUUACCUCCAUGAACUUUUUCUCGAAUGUUUUGUGCUCCGCUCGACAUCUUGUUUUUUAACGACACACGGACUCUUGGCUAAAGAGACAUACAAGAAAGAGCCAGCACUACUGUACAUUGGGUUUACAUCAAGACCAUUGAAUGUGAAAAGAUGCCAAAUUUAUAUGGAAAAAAUAUAUAUUAAAAGUGUCAGUGAAAUAUAGAGAUAUUGUAUAAUUCAGUGCUUCUUCUUGUAAACUCUAACUUGAUAUUGUGUUGGUUUGUUGUUUAUUUGUUGUUGUUUAUUGACUUGUUUACUUGAUGCAUUGACUGGCUGAUCAUUUAAUCGCAUAUUUAUUUACAGGUAAAAUUAUAUUCUGAUGGACUGAAAUGAAAUGCCAACUAGUGCUAUGGAUGUUUACAGAAUCUAUAUCUAUUAAAGAGCAGUUAUGAAAAGGAA